GAUAUGGCUGGAUGCAUGCCAUCUAAAAAUGGCCUGGAAGAAGAAAAAAAUGACAUAUAUCAUAACUAAUUUAAUCCCAAAAACUGGAAAUAGAAUCCCACAAAUUUUGGUAUCCACCUAAUAAUGAAGUCCUCUCAUAUAUCCUCCUAUUUUCUAGGAGAGUUGUGAGGAAACAUUACCAUUUUUCCAUUGCCGCCAACAUGGGUAAGUCUUCAUCCUGUUUUCACAUUUCCCUGUUAAUCUCUUUGCCACUCCUGUUGCCUCUGCUACCCUCCCCUGGGGGGUCCUUCAUUUUCUGUUAAUAUUUGAGGGACCCUUAAUUAGAUCCUUCAACUUUAAUUAAUUUCUUCAUCAUCAUCAUCUUAAUUUUUCUGUCAUUGUUUUUAUCUGACAGCAACAUUGAUUGUUUAGAUAAUUUAAUCUUAAUAAGCCUUUGAUUGGAGGUUAUUUAAUUAAUAUAUCGUGGAUCAGGAAAGCAUGAGCUGCUUUCCGUGUUGCGGCCAUCAGAAAAAUAAAAACAGUAAUAGUAAGAGAGAGCAUGGUUCUCCCACAGCACAGGAAAUCACCUCUGCAGCAAAAACACCAGAUAUGAAGAAACAAAGGGCAGAUGAGCAAAUGCAAGGAGAUCCGACAAACAUUAAUGCACAAAAUUUCACUUUCCGUGAGCUAGCAACAGCAACAAAGAAUUUCCGACAGGAGUGUCUACUUAGCGAAGGAGGCUUUGGAAGAGUCUAUAAAGGGGUUAUUCCUGCAACUGGACAGGUUGUAGCCGUGAAGCAACUCGAUCGACAUGGGACCGAAAACAGCAAGGAAUUUCUGACUGAAGUUUCUCUUCUGAGCCAUGUUCACCAUGAAAAUCUUGUCAAUCUCAUUGGUUAUUGUGCAGAUGGUGAUCAACGUCUUUUGGUAUAUGAAUACUUUCCUGGCACUACUCUUGAAGACCGUCUUUUUGAGAACAAAACGGAUGAACCGCCAUUAAAUUGGUUUGAUAGAAUGAAAGUGGCAGAAGCUGCAUCUAAAGGACUAGAGUACCUGCAUGACAGUGCCAAUCCACCAAUUAUAUACCGCGACUUUAAAGCAUUCAACAUCUUGUUGGAUGUUGAUCUUAAUGCAAAACUAUAUGAUUUCGGAAUGGUCAAAUUUUCUGGUGGAGACAAGAUGAACAAUGCACCUCCAAGAGUUAUGGGUACUUACGGUUAUUGUGCUCCUGAAUAUACAAGAACAGGUCAAUUCUCCUUGAAAUCAGAUGUAUACAGUUUUGGAGUUGUCUUGCUUGAACUUAUCACUGGGCGACGUGCCAUUGACACCUCAAAGCCUAACGAAGAGCAAAACCUUGUUUCAUGGGCACAACCCUUAUUCAGGGACCCAAAGAAAUUUCCAGAUAUGGCAGAUCCACUUCUCAACAAACAAUUCCCAGAAAAGGAUCUUAAUCAAGCUGUUGCAAUAGCAGCCAUGUGCUUACAAGAGGAACCAGAAGCUCGUCCUUUGAUCGGCGACGUUGUGACCGCUCUGAGUUUUCUUUCCACGGGUACAACGCAAUCAAUUCCACCACCCUCACUUCCCACGGCCACCUCUGUCUCUAUGCAUAGUGUUGCUACUGAAAGCGAAUGGGAAAGUGAGAGUGAAAGUGAAUCAGAAGGAGAAACUUCAGAUGAUGAAGGCCCUGAUCAUGAAGAAGACAAUGAAACUUCUCAAAAGCAUGCUGCAUCUAGUGCAAAAUACCAAGAAAAUGAUGUCUUAAUCCAACAUCAAAAAAGGGCGUCUUCAAAGAAAUCAAGCCGAAAAAGUAGCACAAGAUCAAGGAAUGUAACAAUGAGUACAGAUUCAGCAGAGGGAAGUGCUUCUUCCAGUGACCAAAAAAGUAGAAAAUGGAAGAGCUUUGUUGGUAAUUUAAGCCAAAAGACAAACAGCACAAAAAAGGCUGUUAUCAAAGAAUUAAGCAUGAAGAGCAGCAAAAAAACUUCAAUCAAAGAACUAAGCCAGAAAAGCAGUAGAAAAUCUUCCAUCAGAAAUUUAAUCCAUAAGAGCACUGGAAAAUCUUCUGCUAAAGUUUCGAGCCACGCGGAAUCGGAAGAUGCAAGCAUGAUUUCGUCUCAUAGAGCUGGCUCAUCAAUUCAAUAUACAAGCAGCGCUAUGUCUGACCGUAGCAGCGGCAGAGGAAGUGGGAGUGUUCACUCGGACAUUAACCAUAGCAGAAGGACAGAAGAGAGCAUGCGAUUAGCCAUGGAAUCCGAUGAUGAAGGAAACAGUCAUCCUUUUGAUCGUAUGAGUAGCAGUGAAUCAGAUCGGCGAUAAGGGAAGUGUAAAGUGUUUUCCUUUUGUGAUGAAAAUUAUCAAGCUUUGGUUUAUACAUGCAAUCUUGAAGAGCAUGCAAGCACAUACUUUGACACGGUGCUUUGUAUUUUUCUGCUGCAUCAUGCAGCCGAAGCAUUACAAUUUAACCAAUAUGUGGAAUUCUUAUAGAAACUCAAACUUGAAAAAUCAAGCAUCCUUUAAAUCUAUUGUUUUGUUUAGUAGGCUUCA